AUUUUUGAUGUUUAAUGAAGUUUAAUAAGAAAAAAAGUUGAAAAGUCUUAGACAACACGAAGUUCGCCAAGGAAAUUAGCUUGUGCUUGAAGGAUUCAAUAUUAUCUGAUUUAAAUCAAUUCGUCGCGACCUAAAAAUGAAAAAUAAAUCGAUCCUUCAGUAAACAAUUCCACGAGGAUACGUAGGUUUAAGUGAAAAACGAUUUUGUGUUACAAUUAUUUUGAGAAUUACACGCUCGGUUUAGAAAAGAAAAUAUGGUGAAAGAGAAGCCCAACCAAGUAAGAAUUUAUGACAAAGACGGAUUUCGGCGUCGGGCCGCGGCUAUCUGUGUACGAUCGGAUGCUGAAUCAGAGGUGUUGCUGGUAACAUCAUCUCGUAACAUCAAUCAUUGGAUUGUGCCGGGCGGUGGAGUUGAUCCUGGUGAAGAGCCGGCUGUAACUGCAGUCCGCGAAGUUCUCGAAGAGGCUGGUGUGGUAGGCAAUUUGGGACGAAGUUUGGGAGUGUUUGAGAGUCGUGAACACAAGCACCGGACUGAAGUUUUCGUUAUGACUGUCACAGAAGAGCUAGAAGAAUGGGAAGAUUCUCGGACGAUUGGUCGCAUACGACAAUGGUUCACUAUUGACGAUGCUUUGGAGAAGCUAGCCGUGCACAAGCCGACUCAACAACAAUACUUACAAGAACUAAAACACUCAAAAAAUUCAACUUUAUCUCAACCAUCAUCACCAAGUUCUUAAAAAUGUCAUUUUUUCCGAGGGCAAAAUUGUUUUUUUUUUCAAAUUCAAUUUUUAUUUUCACUAAAACCAAGUUUGUAUCUGUAUUGGAACCACAUAGAUAACAUAAAUCCCUUCAACAACAACAACAGAGAAAAGUAAAAAAAAAAUAUUUUAAUAUAUUUUGUUCAACGUAUCUGAUUUUUGCAAUAGUUUGUAGCAAUGUGACCAAUAAUUUUUUUAUUUUUUUUUUCAAAAUCAAAACUAGUCACCGAUAAACUUCUAUUUUUUUUAGUUUUUUUUUUAACUUAUUCGAAAUGUUUUCCCUUUAUGUUUUCGGAAUUCGUCAGAAAAUAUUUUUUUUUGUUUCUUUCAAUUUUUUUUAACUAAAAAAAUCAAGAACAAUUUGAAAGUAUUCAACACUGCACACACCAAUUAUAAAUUAUUUACUAACUCGACCGUGUCAUGUUAUCAUAUUUUUUUUUUUAAGAAAAAAGUAAAAUCAAUUUACAACACAAAAAAAAAAAAAAAAAAAAAAAAAUUAAACAAAAAUACUAAAUUGAAGGUAGUAAUUUAUAUAUAAAAAACAAAACAAUGGAAAAUCCGAAAUUUCUCGAGUAUUUAAAAUGUUAAAAAAAAACAAAUUAUGGAAAACUCAAAUGAUAAAAGAAAUUUUAAUAGUAAAAGUAAACGUUUUUUUAGAUAGAUGGUGCACGUUUUUAUGGAUGAUCACAAAUCACAGACGUGUCUCUUUUUUAUUAAACAAAAAAUGAAAAGUAAAAAAUU